AUGUCUACUCAGCUCCGCUACGUCCUCUGGGCCCCCGACUGCACCGACGCUGACGUCUCCAAGCGCCGCAUCUCCCUCGCCGAAGCGCACGUCACGUGGCUCGACGGCCAGGUCUCUGCAGGUGUCAUCCACCUCAACGGCGCGAUCCUCGCGGCCGACGAGGCCCCGCCCGCGAACACGAUGCCCGACUCGCGCGGCUCGCUGAUGAUCAUCAAGGCGGGGAACUCGCCGCGGCCAAGGCCGUCGUCGAGUCGAGCCCGUACUUCACCGGGAACGUCGUACUGGGACAAGGCCAAGCUCACGCCUUCGCUUUUUGACGACUUCGAUUUCCUCCUUCACGCAUUUUUACGCCCUGCCACGUUGAAUAUGCGCUACCCCGCCGUUAUAUCCGCUGUGCUCAUCGCGGUCACUGCAGCACCUGCACUAGCCGCCCCUUCGGGACUCGACCUCCGUGCGGUGAAAGAUGAUGCGCUCGCACAGCGCAGCUUCGACGACGUGCUCUAUGCUCGGGACCUGUUGGCCAGAGGAAACGCCGAUCCGAGUCGUCCACAACGGUCACGGUCCCCCACUCCCACCCGGACGCCGCUCCAUCCCAAACCUGGCCCCAGAAAGCCACGUCCCGGGCCUCCGUAUGGUGGUCCCCAGCAUGGUCCUCCACCAUCUGCCCCAAAGCCAAUACGGGUGAGGUCGCUUGACGAGUAUUUGCUUGCGAGGGCAAGUGAGGAGGACGAGCUGUUCGCGCGCGCAUGGGAGGACGCAGUGUUCGCUAGAACGCUCAGCUAG